AUGGUGGCGGCUGUGACGCAGAUAUUUCAGUUGCCGUUACAGUACCGUGUUUCUUCCGGCAAACGGAAUUACGGCGUUUGUUCGCCUUCUCCGGUUGUAAUUUGCAGGAGCAGUAGGGUUUCCGGGGAAGGAGGAUAUAGGCAGAGGAAGAACCGGAGAUUCGGUAGUGUGAUAGCUCAGCAGGAGAAAGGAGACGCGACGGAGAUUCGAGUUCCGGUUCCGUUAACAUUGGAGCAACAAGAGAAAGAGAAACAAAAUAGAGAAGAUGAAGAAGAGGAAGAAGAAGGAGAAGUAGAUCCCGAAGAUCUCAAAUACGUCACCGAGAUCAAACGGGUAUUGGAGCUUCUCAGGAGGAACAGGGACAUGAUCUUCAGUGAGGUUAAGCUGACCAUCAUGAUUGAGGAUCCAAGGGAACUGGAAAAGAGGAGGCUGCUUGGAAUAGAUGAUGCAGAUGCCCCAAGUAGGGAAGACUUAGCUGAAGCCUUGGAACAGGUUGAGGUUUCGAAGAAGCAGCGAGGAAAAUCAAUGUACGCGAAAUCCACAGAUACCGGAAUAGAUCCAAAAGAAGCAGCCAAGAGACUCAACCUAGAGUGGGAUUCAGCUGCUGCAAUUGAAGAAGCCGAUGUCGAUGAUGAUAACACUGGAGUAGCCACCAAAGCUAUGGGUUAUGGAGCAUUGUACUUAGUCUCGUCUUUUCCAGUUAUCAUCGGUAUCUCGGUUGUGUUAAUCUUGUUUUACAAUUCCCUUCAGUAG